AUGAGUACACUGCUUGCCGUACGUUCGCGUCUGGCCGGAAUUUCGGCAUCACCACUUCUGGUUUCACGAGGUUUCUGCACGACUCCAAAGCUCAACAGUACAAUACCAUUUCGAAUUUCGGGACAGGGCGUUGGCGUCGCGCAGACGAUCGAGGUCAAAGACAGCCCUCACAAGAUCUCGGUGGAUGCGUAUCCAUCGUUUGGUGGGCAGGACGCCGCACCCUCCCCAUUGGCAUACAACCUUUCGAGUCUAUCAUCUUGCACCCAGGUGACAGGCUCUCUGGUGGCAAAGGACCAUGGUGUCAAGCUUGGGCGGUGGAAAGUCAGUGUCAAUGGCGAGUUGGACCCUGCUGUGCUCACGAAAGGAGUGCAAGGCAAUGGAAAUUGGAGCUCGAUUGAGUUGAUCGUCAAUGUUCAAACGGAUGCGAAGGAUGAUGCUGCAUUUCAGAAGUUCACGACCGAGACGGAACGGAGGUGUCCUGUUACUCAAUUGUUCAAGAACAGUGGAGUCAAGUGGUCAAGCCAAUGGGUCAACGAGGCUUCCUGA